GCCUCCGCUGUGCGAGAAGACAUACCAGGCUCUCAGGGCAACAGGAGGGAAGGAGAUGUAGAAGGAAGCUGCAGGAGAGCAGGAAGGAAAGAAAAGAAGGAACCAAAGAUCGAAGAUUGGUUGCCUGGAACACAGCAGAGUGUCUGCACACCGUCAGUAUCACCCCUGCUCAGCACCCCAUGCCAUGGAUAUAAUAUUUGGCAGAAAUAAGAAGGAGCAGCUGGAACCUGUGAGGGCCAAAGUGACAGGCAGGAUUCCCACAUGGCUGCAGGGCACCCUGCUCCGCAAUGGGCCUGGAAUGCACACAGUGGGGGAGACCAGAUACAACCACUGGUUUGACGGCCUGGCCUUGCUCCACAGCUUCACAAUUAAAGACGGUGAAGUCUAUUAUAGGAGCAAAUACCUAAGAAGUGACACCUACAAAGCCAACAUCGAGGCCAACAGGAUUGUUGUGUCAGAGUUUGGAACGAUGGCCUAUCCGGACCCCUGCAAAAAUAUAUUUUCCAAAGCUUUCUCCUACUUGUCCCACACUAUCCCCGAUUUCACAGACAACUGCCUGAUUAACAUCAUGAAGUGUGGAGAAGACUUCUAUGCGACCACAGAGACCAAUUACAUCAGGAAAAUCAACCCACAGACUCUGGAGACCCUGGAGAAGGUUGACUAUCGCAACUACGUGGCUGUAAAUCUGGCAACAGCACAUCCUCAUUAUGAUGCAGCCGGAAAUGUUCUGAACAUGGGCACAGCCAUCAUGGACAAGGGGAAGACAAGAUAUGUGGUCUUUAGGAUCCCUGCCGCUGUACCAGAGGACAAGAAGGGGACGAACCCCUUGAAGCACACGGAGGUGUUCUGCUCCAUCACCUCCCGCUCCCUCCUCUCCCCGAGCUAUUACCACAGCUUCGGAGUCACCGAGAACCACAUCGUUUUCCUUGAGCAGCCUUUCAAGCUGGAUAUCCUCAAAAUGUCAACUGCGUACAUCCGGGGAGUGAACUGGGCCUCCUGCCUGGCCUUCCACAAGGAGGACAAGACUUACAUUCACGUCGUCGACCAGAGAACCAGGAAGCCUCUGCCCACCAAGUUUUACACGGACCCCAUGGUGGUCUUUCAUCACGUCAACGCCUACGAGGAGGACGGCUGCCUUCUGUUUGACGUCAUCACCUACGAGGACAGCAGCCUUUAUGAGCUCUUCUACUUGGCCAACCUGAACCAGGACUUCGAGGAGAACUGCAGGCCCACCUCCAUCCCCACCCUCAGGAGGUUCGCCGUGCCCCUCAGCGUGGACAAGAAUGCAGAAGUGGGCUCAAAUUUAAUCAAACUGACAUCUACAACAGCAAAAGCCCUGAAGGAAAAAGAUGACCAAGUCUACUGCCAGCCAGAGUUGCUCUAUGAAGGCUUAGAGCUGCCUCGGAUCAAUUAUGCUCGAAAUGGGAAGCGAUAUCGCUACGUCUUUGCUGCCGAAGUUCAGUGGAGUCCCAUCCCAACCAAGAUACUGAAAUACGACGUUCUCACAAAGUCAUCCUUAAAAUGGGGAGAGGAGCAUUGCUGGCCAGCAGAACCCCUUUUUGUCCCCACACCGGGUGCCCAGGACGAGGAUGAUGGGAUUAUCCUAUCAGCCAUCGUCUCUACCGAUCCCCAAAAGCUGCCUUUUCUGCUUAUUCUGGAUGCCAAAAGUUUUACAGAAUUGGCUCGUGCAUCCAUCGAUGUAGAGAUGCAUCUGGACCUCCAUGGGUUAUUCAUCCCGGACACAGACUGGGACUCGAGGAAGCCGGCCCUUUCCCAGGAAGAGCGGGACAGGGCUCCAGACAGCUAGGCCUGACUGGGGUGGGGCCUGGACCCUGGGCCCUGGCAGAAGGGCUCCACCGGCAGGCUCCUGCAGGACUGCGGGCUGGCUUCCUCUCCGGGGGAAGGGAGGUCCUUCAUUUCGUUUGCACUUCUUCUUUCUGUGGUUGCUUUGAGACAAAGGUGUGGAAAUAGUGCUUGUUAGUAUCUUUUCUUUCCACUUAUUUUGGCCAUAAAGACCUUGUUUGAAAGUGGAUAAAUAUUUAUUGAUUAGCUCAAGCCCUUCUGAGAAAGCCUUUUCAUUAUGACGACGACAGUGACCAGAAACUGUACUAAGUCACAUAGUCACCCUUCUUAGAGUGAGCAACUGCUGACAUCUCAGAGGAGAGAGAAGUAAACAUUCAUCACUGCUCCUUCCUGCCACCCCUUCUCGCCCUCCUUCCAGUAGACUAGCUUGUGGGUCUAGGAGCUGUAGCUUUCUCCACCGUGACUUUAGUAAAUUAUGUGGCCAGGAAGGCAUAUUGCUUUGGGGUCAUUCCACGCAAGGCAUGGCAUAAUUUAAAAUAAUAAAAACUUUAAAGUCUGUUCCAACCUUAUUUAAUUUUUCCAUGGCUUCUUUCUUCUGAAGUUCUUCUAAGGCAAUAAAAUAGAGGAGCUGGACAGUUUGUAGCCCGCUAGACGCCCCACUGUACACCCGCUGGGACGGCAGACCGGUGUGGGCAUCCCCUCUGCAGGACAAGGGUGAGGGGCUGGACACUCACCCAACUUGCCAUGGCCGGGGGCUAGAAUCCAGGAUUGAGGCCCAGGCCUGGGCUGGCAUGAGGAGUUCUUGCCUAAGGCUGAGAACGAGGGCAGUGAGCCAUCCCACUGUCUGUAUGGGAAAGGCGGUUCCCCAAGCUGAAUGCGCUGCCAGGAUGGGCUAGGUGUCUGCACAGAGGUGGCGGUAGCGACGGUGGAAGCCGGGAACAAGCCCAGAAGCAUCCCAAGUGAGCACCGGGAGCUCCACGGAUAGUCGAGUCUCACCUUUGUGGUCUAGUGGGUGCCUGGUUUAGACACCCAAACGCAGGCUGCAUAAUUCCAACAUGCCCAUGUCAUAGGGUUGGGGGAGCUGGGAGCCCACCCUUAUUCUGCACCUGCCUCCUGCCGUAAGUCUGAAUUUCAUUCGGUCACCGGUGUGGAUUCAGUGACAUGUUUUGAGGGCAGGAAGGAAUCUCCGGCGACACUGCAUGGAGUAGCCCAGAGGGGGCAGCCCUCUCAAGGGUAGUCUUAGCUUUUGCCCUCUGGCCACCGUGAAGCCAUACUUAGCUCGACUCACAUGCAGGCUCCAUCUGGUCUGGGGGUUGGGUUUUGUUUUGGGGGGGGGGGUUGGACAUUUUUAUUGGCCUAAUUGUAGAUUCAUGUGCAGUUCUAAGAAACAAUACAAAAGAGAUCCUGCAAGGACUUUACCAGGUUUGCCCUGGAAAAUGCUGCAGCAUUAUAGUACAGCAGGACGACCCGGACACUGAUUCAGUCCACAGAUCUUUUCAGAUCUCUCAUUCAGAUCUCUCAUCUGGUACUCAUUGCUAUGUGUAUUUAGCUCUGUGCAAUUUUAUCAAAGCUGUUAUAUAAAUGGAAUCACCUUUGAGGAUUGACCUUUCCCAGCAGAACUGCUUGGAGAUUCAUCCAUGCUCUGUGUUGGGUGGUUUUGUUCACUUCUGUAUCCUCCGCACCUAGAACACUGCCUGCUGCACAUUUAUCCUCACGAUAAAUAUUUGUUGAGUGAAUGCCUGAGUGGAUUCCUUCAACAAACUGGUUGUUGGUUGAUAGUGUACCAACAAGAAAUGGCUAUUUUCCUAAUGAUCUCCUGGGACGACAAGGAAGACGAUUCACAGGGAACCCAAUGACAGCAGCCAAGACACCCCGUGCAGGUUCCUCUCCCUGCCAUCCCUGAUCCCUCUUCUCUCCCUUUCCCUGUCAGUUCCUCAAACCCCCUCUCCUGUCCCAGCAUUUCCAUUUCACCCUUGGCUUCUACAGCACAUUAAACAAAAACCUGACCCCUGGAAAUGGCAGAAGGAAGACCAUCUCUGCUUCCUUUGGGGAUCCCAGCACCUCCAGCCUUCAUGAGAUCUACUGGGAGGAAAUGCCAGCUAUGGUGGUCUAAGAAAAAUGUGACUGAGGUCUGCAUUCACAGAGCAGGAGGGGAAAAGAGGAGACAGAUGUGACACUCACCUACUUAUUAUUCUUCAGAUAUUUGAGAAGAGGGUGGAACUAAGAAGUGCUUCCCCCACCCCCAUUCUCUUCAAUUCUGAUUGCCAAACAGAUCCAGACCUACUCACGAAAAAGGGUGCAGUUCUGCGCGGAAGAAAAAUAUGUCCGUGGUUUGUUUGCCUCGUUUGAGAUGACAGGUGAGAUACCAGACUGAUGAGGAAGGCUGGCACACCAAAUCUUUUUUUCUCAGUUUCAAAAACACCAAAGGUCGAUGACAGGAUGCCCAAUUUAUCUAGAUCCUUAACGCCAUCCUGUUUCAUUACACACAGGCCAGGGUAAUUAGCUCAAAAGGCCACAGGAGCUAAGACGCAUGCGCUUUCUCAGGCACCUCAGGACAGCAUGUCUUCCCCCUCCGAGCCUUCCUUGUUAUGCUUCGUGUGGGUGUAAUACGUGACCAGGAAGUUCUACAGGAACAAUCAAUCACUCACAUUUGUUUAUUGCUUUGAUAAAGCCACAGCAUUUCACAAGUGCUCUGAGAAGUGUCAGGUACUCGGUGAGCCCUCAAAUGUUUGCUGACCCACUAACUUGUUCCUCCAAAGGUUUUUCUAAUUCGAUUCCAGUUCAGGAAUAAGCCGGAUGUGUACUUGGACAGAUCAACUCACGAAACAUCUAAGUGCUUUCCAGCUACAUCCGCGUUACUGGUUCACAACACUUCCUCCCAAAGUUACGGAGCAUCAGGCUGACUCCAUUAAGAAGGUUGCUGGUCCAGGCUAAGAACAAACACCUUUGAUCACUUCUUAAGUUGUUUAAAGACUGUUUGGGUGGCUUUUAAAUGGCCAAGAGAAGUCUUUGCCAUGGCGAAUCAGGACACGCAGACAGAAGAGUCAUUACCAGCUUCCUCAACAACAGGAAUGAGACCUGUGGCCUCUACAGCUCAACUUCCUUCUAGGUGUUUGGCCUGGCCACCAGGUGCAGACACACAAACACAAACACACACAUACACACACGCAGCCAGCGGCAAAAGCUGCUGGGUCACGUCAGGAAACAGUCCCUUGAGGUCACGCCCCAGCAGAGAGGCUGGGGAUGUUCGUGGACCAGGUGAGCAAAGAGAGCUGUGGAAGCGCUGUGCUGGGCAGGGCAGGGACGAGCCAGCCUUCUUCCCUCCUGGUGAUCAGGGAAGGCUUCCCAGAAGAGCGUGCCUUCAGGAGCUGCCUGAGUGUGUGGAGGGAGCACCUGGCAAAGUGCUGGUCCUUACAGGCUGAUAGUGUAGCUCAGGAAAAGGAUUUGGGGACGGUUGUGGGUUGACUGAACGAAGCAGGUGGAGAGUGAUUUCCCCGAGAAAGAGCAGUCGAAAGAGUGUGAGAAUUCGGCAAA